AUGGCGCCAUCAGAGGAUUAUCAGAACAUCUUUCACUGGGCAGAGACCCAAAAGGAUGGAAGUAUCCCCUCAUUUGCGACUCGAAAGAAUGAUCCGUAUACGUACCUCUCUGGCUUCAACAACCAUCAUGAAUCAGAGGCUAUUCCUGGGACUAUCCCCCACGGACAGAACAGUCCGCGAUGUGUCAGAUUCGGCCUAUACGCUGAACAGAUGACCACGUCGUUUGGUGCUUCUCGCCAAGCUAAUAAAAACUCGUGGCUGUACCGAGCAAGACCUGCUGUUGCUCACCAAGGAUUCACGGAUAUGCCCAAAGUCGAAGGGACAGAGAGCUGCUUUCUGCCUCUUAACCCAGCCGUCAGAAUCUCACCAACUCAAUUAGCCUGGCUCCCCUUUGACAUCUCCGAAGGCACCGACUUCAUCUCUGGCCUCCGCACAAUCGCCGGCUCAG